CCUGCCUUGUCAAAAGUCAUCUUGCUGUGGUUAUUGUAUUUAAGUGUGACGUGUGCUGUCGGCGUUUUGCCAGUAGAGUAAACGGGAAUCUGGACGUUCAUUUGAAAGCUAAUAGUUAAUCAUUCGGUUGUGAGUUAUUAGGCCAAAGAAAAUCACGCUGGAACCGAGUUCACUAUAUGUUGUGAGGCGAGCACACUCGGGAUCAGACUACACACCUGUACACAUUGAUGGGUUGCAUGAACACUCGCACACAUUGACAAGUAUCUUGUCAUUGAUUUGGCUGUAACAGAAGUUCUGCAUGUGGUGAGACAUUUGGUACUACAUUCGAGACGAACAUGGACCACAUGGACCACACGCACCAUGAUCACAGCAAAAUGGCUGGCAGCAUGGCUCCUCCCAUGGUCACAGGCUCCCACGAAGAUCAUCUAGGUGGAGGAGGGGGCCAUAUGAUGAAAAUGACCUUCUACUUUGGCUACACAAACGUGGAGCUGCUGUUUGCCAGCCUUGUCAUCAACACACCUGGAGAGAUGGUGGCGGCCUGCUUUGGUUGUUUCCUGCUGGCUGUGCUCUACGAGGGGCUGAAGAUCGGCAGGGAGUUCCUGCUGAGGAGGAACCAGGUUAACGUGCGUUACAACUCCAUGCCUGUCCCGGGGGCAGACGGCACCAUGGUCAUGGAGACCCACAAGACUGUAGGCCAGCGGAUGCUGAGUAUGGCACACUUGCUGCAGACGGUGUUACACGUCAUCCAGGUGGUGGUCAGCUAUUUCCUCAUGUUGGUCUUCAUGACCUACAAUGCUUAUUUGUGUAUGGCCGUUGCAGCCGGGGCAGGCCUCGGAUACUUCUUAUUCAGCUGGAAAAAGGCUGUGGUUGUUGAUAUCACCGAACACUGUCACUAAUUGCCCCCCUGGUCUCUUCAUCUUCCCACACACACACACAUUCACACACACACACACAUACAUUCACACACAGGUAUUCUCCAUUUAAUCGUCAUCAUGCAUCCAGUUUUAUACACUUAUCUUAUUUGAACGGUUCACUUUGUCACAAAAGUUGCUUGAUGGAAAAUGUGAAUUAUGACUGAGCUUUUACAUUUGUGACAUUCAAGUCUGUCCUUUUAGUAGGUCCAGAAGACUACCCUAGCUAACUAGCAUGUUGGUAUUCCAAAUGCUGGCUUCUGUUAAACCAAUACCACUCCUGUCUGGCUCCACAGCUCUGUCAAGGGCCAAACAUCCACUUCCCCCAGUUGUGCCAUUCUUCCAUUCCCAUUCUGUUUUUGUUAUUGCGCAACAACCAGUGCAGGUUCAUCCUUGUAGCACUGGGGCUCUUCUGCUCACAGGGCUAUUUACGACCCUUACAACAUCUCUCAUUGAAGAUCAUUGUGAAUAGGGCCCAGCGUUUUUUACCUGACCCCACCUGGGCCCUAGUUAAAACCAAUGUGUUCUUCUGAAGCCUAGUCAUAUCUGCAUUCCAUCUGACAAUCUGGCUGGGGGGGGGAGCCCAACAUAAUCAGUGUCUCACAACUACAGGAGUCAAAGGUCAUACUUGGGAUUGUGUGGAGAUGGUGGGGCAGCUCUGGCUGUAUGACUGAGCCUUACUAAACCCUUUGCCUUAAAGGAGGGAAACAUGACAGCCUAGGCCAACUGUAGUCUACUGACAAGUGCCAGUGUUUUUUUUUCUUUUUUUAAAGAUUGUCCAGUGGACAAGCAGUGAAGUACAGUACACUUUACAUGUCGUGUGAUUAUAUACAUUAGUGUAAUGCAGCAGAGCGUGACAACCUUUGAAACCCUCUUCAUGAUACACACUGCUAUGCAGUGUUCGAUUUUGGUAGUUUAUGAAUGACAACCUCAUUAUUUACCAAUGACACUCGGCACUCGAAGGCUUGAUCUGACACACAAAUGUAAAUUGACUCUUGUACAUCAAGAAGCCAAUGUAAAAUGUUCAUAAUAUAACUUGGGAGUAACUUUUGGUGCAUUCAUUCAAUAGGGUUAAAUUAGUUAGCAUGUCAACACAUGGAUACUAGUGUCCUUAUUGGAGCAAGUGCUCAGAUCCCAAGGACAAGCAGGGAACUAUGGGAAAGUAUGAGGAUGGAUCUAGUGCUUUCUCAGACUGGCCUAGUAACACAAGAUUACUGCACCUCUUGUGACCUAUCGGUGCUUACGCCUCACAGUUAACACUUUGACAGGAGGGGAUAUCUAUGAAGUAGAACCUAAAGAGAAAGUAGUAUUUUUAGUUUAUCUUGAUUAUAAUUAUUUUCAUCUGAGAAGUGACUAGUAAAUGUUUAUCAGUUGCCUAAGGCUGUGUUUUACACAGGCAGUCUGAUUCUGAUCUUUUACUGAUUUGUUUGGCAAUAGAGCUGAUUUGAUUGGUUAAAGGACCAAUUAGUGGAAAUGUCAGAAUUGUCUGUCUCUGUAGACAGGCAGCCCAAUUCUGAUACAUUUUUUGUUGCACUAAGUUAAUUGGUCUUUUGACCAAUCAGAUCUGGGAAAAUGUCAGUUGUAGAAAGAUCUGAUGUGAUUGGUCUAAAGACCAAUUAGUGGAAAAAAAUAUCGGAAUUGAGCUGCUUGUCUAAAUAGCCUUCGUGACGUGCUGUGCCUGGUUUGGGGGUCAAAUUCCUAGUUGCUAUAACUGGAUUUAACAGCCGCACAUUCUCAUUACAUUACAAUCAAGCCAGGGACAUUAAUAGUUAGUGUAUACUUGAACAUAUUAUAACUGUUUCUGCUUUACCACAUGGGAUCAUGUAUAAAGAUUUCUUAUUAGAGUCUACUGUACAAAUCGAGCGUUGAAGUUAAUGGGCCAAAACAGCAGUGGGAAUCUGACUGCCACUCCAGCGCAGCAACAGUGUGAACAUUACCUGGACUGUUAAGUCCACAGACAUGUCUGUAUAGUAUGAUGUAUUUACAGUGCUGUAAUCAUCUAGAGAAAACAAGUAAUAAAUGGUAUCAUUCAAGAACUGUAUGUUUGAUUCUGUUGCAUUCUCAUAAUGCAGCCUUGAAGGCCAAUAAACUACAAUCAUACCAUUGUAAGAACUAAAUCAGUUAUUAAAGUCCAUUCCAUCUUGCCCCAAAGAUGCUACCUUCACCUUCCUGGGACUACCAAGUCUGGAUUUUUGUAAUAAAGGAGGGAAACCACUACAACAGCUCCCAUGAAACAUAUUGUACAAAAGGCCACACGCUUUGCAUCGCAAGUCAUAACAUUUCAGGUAAAUGCAAGAACAUUACUUUAAAAGAUGUGUUAUAAGCAAAACGUGAUCCUCAAACUACACUUCUUUGUAGAGAGAAUUCUGAUCUCAGGCAAGCACACAAGUAUCCCGGACCAUGUCAAUAGCAUUGUUACUGUGCCCUCCACACACCUACACUGGUGGAGCCAACAGUUUGAGCAGUCUCGUUAAUGUGCCCAUUAGGAACCUAAAACUGCAGGUUUCCAAAGAGUGAGGGCAAGGUGUUGGGUUUAGGAUGGGGCUUGUAGCCUAUUCUCUCGUUGAUCAUCUGUCCCCGUGUCUUCCCAUCCCCUGUUCCACCGCUGGCCCCCACCAUGUUACUAAACGUAGCCACACCAACAACAUCCACUUCAUCCCUCUGUUUUUUCCGAAUCUGAGAGAGAGGGGGGGGCGGGGGUGCGUAGGUGGUUAGACAGAAGUUCUGGUAUGUAUAAAUCAUGUCCUUUUUUUGUGCUUUUGUCCCACCCAAGGCGUGGAUUUUGUGCCAAUCAUCAAGCGUUUCUUAAAGUUAAUGAGGACUUGAAGAAACUGGUAGCAGGCAAUCCAUCAACAAGGGAAAGCCUCUUUAUUAUGCCUUUUUAAGCCGCCAGGUAAAUGUUAUCCAUGAUGCUGUGGCUACUCACCUCAAGCUCUUUCUUGACACUCUCAAACUCCUCAGUGUCAUCCAACUUCAAUUCCAGACGGGUGGGCUUUCUGCGCAGCAUAUUAUAUCCACUAAUGUUAGCUGUGAAGCAGAUGUGCCCAAGACUGUCAGUAUUACCUUCUACUAGAUGGCUAAAGACAGAAAGGUGACAGAUCAAUUAUCGAGUGUAAUAAUAUGGCUUGCAUUUGCUAAAUCACUUAGCUAGCAAUAUACAAUUACUAAACAAUAGUUCAUGUUAGGCUACCAAACAAAUGAAUCACACUAAAAUCUCUGCAACAACUUGCUAACGUUACUAGCAAGCUGUCAAGCUAACUAAAUAAAAGAUUAGUGACAGAUCAAGCACGGCUAAAGAGGGCAAAAUUGAGCGCUCCAUACGUCAAUUGGUCUCGGAUCCAGUGGUACUCACAAAGAAAAAGGCUAAUCGUUCAUAUUUGCUUACAUUUUGUUAAUGUUGUUUAUUUGGAAUGCAGUAGCUAGCUAGCCUAGCCCUGUAGAAUCCGCUAUAAAUUGACGCAGGGCUUCUGGGUAACGUAGUUUUCAGCCAUGGCCCGUGUGGGUAUGUUUGACCUCCUUUCCACUAGAUGUCGCUGUGAAAUGUGAACAGGCAGCCACUUUUGUGUUUUGAUUUUGCUAGCUGGUUGCGGUUCUUGUGUAAUUGCGUUAUUUCAAACCCAAUACUAAAAUGCAGGACAGUAUCAUUCAUUGUGGUGAACAGUGGGACCAGACAUAAAGACCAGAGAUGUCUGACGAGGAUGAAAAGACCAGGAUUUUCUAUGACAGUCUGGAGGAGAGGGAGAGGCUGGGACGAGAGUCCUCUAGGUCCCUUGAGCUUGAGGAACACAUGAGUGAGCGCCAGUCUGAGGUAUUGGCUGACUUUGAGCGCAGAAAGCGAGCGAGACAGUCACAGUAUCCACUGACGAUGCAGAGGUUAAAGCUUGCUUACGGGCCCUCGGAGCCAAUCGCACUGUUUGGUGAGGGGCCUGCUGAGAGACGAGAAGGCUGAGGAAUAUCCUUUCUGUAGUGGGCCCAGAUGCACUAAAGAAAUCUAAGAAGAAUGGAGUGGCCUGUGUAAACUGUGGAAUGUUCGACUGCACCCUUAUCCAUACUCUUCGGGGCCACAACACCUACGUGGGGGCCAUCUGUUUCCAUCCUCAGGCCACUCUGACUCUGGAGGACUCUGAUGUUAACAUGGCCUCCUGUGCUGCCAACGGCUCCAUCAAACUCUGGAGUCUGUACAGUGAUGAGCCUGUAGCUGACAUCGAGUGCCACUCCCAGAGGGUAGCAUGAGUAGCCUGGCACCCCUGUGGAUGCCUCCUGGGCACCACCUGCUAUGACAACUCCUGGAGGCCCAGGAGGGACACAGUAAAGGAGUCCUCGACCUGCACUUCCACCCUGACGGCUCUGUGGGGUCUGGAUUCGUUUGGGCGUAUUUUGGACCUUCGGACCGGGCGCUGUGUGAUGUUCCUGGAGGGCCAUCUCAAAGAGAUCUACAGCAUCGACUUCUCUCCCAACGGCCAAUGACGGUCACUUCCUCCUGACCGGGGCCUAUGACAACACAGCCAAGGUGUGGACCCACCCAGGCUGGUCCCCCAUGAAGACCAUGGCGGGCCACGAGGGUAAGGUGAUGGGCGUGGACAUGUUCUCUGACGGACAGCUCAUCGCCACCUGCUCCUACGACCGCACCUUCAAACUCUGGAUGUCAGAGUGGGCAGGGGAGGGAGUAUCACCCAUAGAAAGAGAAUGGCAUUCUAUGGUACCUUCUAUUUCUAUGGUAAUACCGAACUGCCAUCCCAUACAAAUAGAAGAUCGUAAACCAAGAUCUGCAAAAUAUUAGCUUUUUCACGAUUGACGGAUGAGUCUUUGAACAUCCUAAAUAUUCUGAAUUGUACACGUCUGAUUUUAAUUUAGUAGAUGGUUAAAUUAUUAUUGAACAACAACGUUAGUCUCUUGUUGUCUACAACUUUGAAUUUGUGGGCAUAGCUCCUGUCCUUUCUCCCAGAUAAUUUGUUAAAUAGUAUGUUUUAGGUCAUUUGUAAACAUAUGAGUCAGUUGGUGUUAGAAGUCGAUCCCAUUGCCCUUUGUCUAGUUUUUAAUAAAAACAUUAACUCUA